GUAAGUCUAAAAAAAAUAUGACUUAACUGUUAACAUUGAUAAACUUUCGUGAACUGUACAAGUGUAUAAUAUUUUUAACCUAGGUACAUGUUAUAUAGAAUACAUAAUAAUAAUAAUACUAUGUUCGAGAUUCCGUUGCUGAAAUAUUAAUUCGUUCUGAACUAAGUAUACGAACAGAUUGGGCGUGCCGCAUUUGUGAUCUACUUUUGACAAAUUUAUAUUACUUGUGGUGUACAUUACCCUUUAGAGAUGGCGACCAAAUGGGGAGUAAUAGGCACUAGCAAUAUUUCCCACGAUUUUGCUGUGGCCAUGAGUACAUUGCCACGAUCAGAGCACUUGAUCAUAGCAGUGGCAUCUAAAACCAAAGCAAGGUCUCAAGAAUUUGCUGAACAGUUUGAUAUUCCCAAGGCGUACGAUUCUUAUUCUCUCGUGGCAACCGACCCUGAAGUAGACGUUGUUUAUGUGGGCAUCCUCAAUGAACACCAUUACUCCGUCAGUCGUUUAAUGUUGGAACAUGGUAAAAAUGUUUUAUGUGAAGAACCAUUCUGUCAAAAUAGUAAACAAGUCAAACAGCUCGUUGAACUUGCAAGGUCUAAAAACUUGUUUAUUAUGGAGGCCAUGUGGAUGUUUUUCACUCCAGCAUUUACUAUUUUAAAAGAAGAAAUUGACAAAGGUACAAUUGGUGAACCAUUGCAAAUAAUUUCUUCAUUUGGUACACCGAUGUCCGAAUCACUAAUUCAAUUGCGAAAUAGUGGAGGAUCGAUAUUAGAGUUAGCGGUAUUCUCAAUUUACAUGAGUCAAUUCUUGUUUGGCCCUGAAAAGCCACAAAUCUAUGGCACUUGUGGACAGUUUACAGAAUCUGGGUUUGACAAGGAUGCAAGUGUAAUUUUAAAGUAUAGCAAUGGCAGAAUUUCUACAUUUUUAAGCCAUUUCAAAGUUGAACUACCCAAUGAAGCAAUUAUACUUGGCACUAAAGGAAAUAUUAAAUUAUAUGAUCCAUUCUGGUCAGCAACUAAAAUUUCUGUAAAUGGAACUGACAUUAAUAUUGAUGUGCCUCUUACGAAAAAAUCAACCGUUUAUGGUAAUAGUGUGCAAUUAAUCUAUGAGAUUCAAGAAGUUAGAAAUUGUCUUCUGAAAGGUUUAAAUGAGAGCAAUAUAGUUCCAUGGUCAUUAAGUAUCGAGAACGCAGUUUUAAUUGAAGAUAUAAGGAAAAAAUUAGGAGUAACUAUUUGUGAAUAAUAGAAACUAUUUUUGGUAGAUAAUUUAUAUAUUUGUUUUAAAUAAAAAUUAUUUUACUUUUUGA